AAACUUUUUUCAGACACAAACAAACUACACGUGUGUGUGCUUUUUCUGUUAAAACAAAUUGCCGUUUUAUCAUAAUUAAAACAAACAUCGACAUGGGGAAAGAAAAGAAAGAAAAGAGGAAGUCAGAAAACCUUGAUGACACACAGAACAGCCAAGAUUCAAAAGAGUCAUGGGAGCAAAAACUUCAAAAUAUGAAUGCAAUAUCGAAGCCGUUGGCGUCGCGAAAACUGACGAAGAAGAUUUGUAAAACUAUAAAGAAAGCAAAUGGUUUUAAACAUACAGUGAAGGGUAUUCGGGAGGUGCAAAAAACAGUCAGGAAAGGUGGAAAAGGACUGGUGAUAUUUGCGGGAGACAUAAGUCCCAUUGAUGUGUACUCACACAUGCCCGUGGCCUGUGAAGACGCUGGACUGCCCUACUGCUACGUUCCCUCCAGAGAGGACAUAGGAUCAGCUCUGGGCAAGUCAGGCUGUAUCAUCGUUAUGGUGAAAAGACACGACGACUAUGCUGACCUGUAUGAUGAGGUGUCUUCUGCUAUGAAGGAGCUACCUCUUCCACUUUGAAGAUAUAUUGAGGAGAAUAAUUGGAACUAAUAUAACUGUCUGCAGAGCUGAAGUUAUAUAUGCAUUCUUUAGCAUAUUGAGUAAAUUGACUAUUAGAAUUAACUUAUAGGAAUGAUUCAUAAAUAGUAGAAUGAUGUCAACUAUUCCAAAGUUUCAAAUGCUAGAGACACAUGAAUUCUUCGUGAAAUGGAUUGAAAAUGUUUGAAACUGGAAUCAUCGAAGAAAACACAGAAAAGCCAUUUGUGGUGGUGUUCAUUUUGACAUCUUAUAAACAGAUAGUAGUGGUACAAUUUAUAAUGCUUGAAAUGUUUCACGUAAUCUGUUUUUAACAAUAAGUCAGUUUCAAGAGAUGUCCUAUAUUAUCAUUAUAAAAAAAAUCCAUUUUGCUUUGCAGAUGUUUAACUCUGCUAUAACUAGACUUUCUGAUCACUAACCAAUGACAUAAAUAUACAUUCAUGUGUUUUGUAUGUAUGAUACAGAGUAUUUUGUUGACAUAAUUUGUUGUUCCAAGUUUCUCUAGAAUUGGAUUUGAAAUUCACCCUGUUUUUGAUUUUGAAAGGCUCAACAGUACGCUUGAAUUUGUUUUUAUACAUUUAUUCUAAAAAUAAAUUAUAUGUACUGUUUCAGUUUCGUUAAAAAAAUAUUUGCAAGUUGGUCAUUUUGAUUAGUUUUUGUUAACUUUGGUAUAAGAUGGCAUAUGCUCAAUGCCUGGUGAUUGUUUUGUUAAGCCUUGGGUAAUGACAUGGAUUCAUCUCUGACAGAGAUUGUACACCUAUGUAUACAUUGUAACUGAUGCAAUCAAAUAAAUGAAAAGAUAUGAUUAUUUGAAAAAAAAAUUAAUCAUAUCUUUUAUUCAA